AUGGAUGAGGACUUUGGUGACGAUGCAGACUUCGCUGCCGUCGCUGCUUCGGUCGAGCGAAGCGAUGUGCCUCGACAAAAUGGUGCCUCGAAACCAAAGGUCCAACAGCCAAAACCUCAGGCCCUUCCAUCUCGUUCAGCAGCGUCGUCAAUCCUCGUCUCGACUCGCCAGAAGGGCAAUCCUUCCUUGAAUUACAUUAAAUCUCUACCAUGGGAGUACAGUGAUAUCCCUGCCGACUAUGUCCUUGGUGCUACGACCUGCGCGCUUUUCCUCAGUCUCAAAUAUCAUCGCCUCCAUCCUGAAUACAUCUACUCUCGCAUUAAGGCACUGGGACACAAGUACAAUCUGAGAGUACUCCUCACAAUGGUCGAUAUACAGAAUCACGAAGAAUCCCUAAAAGAGCUAAGCAAGACCAGCUUGAUCAACAAUUUGACGCUUAUAUUGUGCUGGUCCGCGCAAGAGGCCGGGCGUUAUCUAGAAUUGUACAAAAGUUAUGAGCAUGCAUCGCCUACCUCGAUACGCGCGCAUCAAUCUACAAGCUACUCUGAAAAGCUCGUUGACUUCAUUACCGUACCAAGGAGCGUCAAUAAGACGGACGCAGUUAGCAUCGUGUCUGCAUUUGGAAGCAUAAGAGCCGCAAUCAACGCGAGACCAGAGGAAAUUGGGGAAAUCACCGGCUGGGGUGAGAAAAAGGUUCAAAGAUGGUGCAGUACUGUGAGGGAGAAUUUCAGAGUCAAGAAGGCCACAAGACGAGGAAUAGGAAGAGAAGGGAGCUCAAUUGGCCUUGCAAGGGAAGAGAGCUCCAUGGGUGUUGUUGAUGAAGAAGCUGAAGUGAGAGGAGCUGAGCCUAUACCGAUCGGCAGUGUACCGGUGCGGCAGAACGCGGUCGCAAGUCUGAGAAAUGAUGCUCAUGAUGCCCAUUCUUCAAGGCCAAGGACUGCAAAUGGGACUCUGGAAGGGCCGCCAAAAAGAUUGGCAAGUCAGGUUCCAUUCGGAGAGCCGGACGAGGACGAUGAAGAGGCCUUGAUCGCUGCGGCUGAAGAGGAUGAGAACUUCUUGUCAAAGCUAAAGACAAACAACAAGUCUGAAGCCACUAACAAAUCUCAGAAGGCAUUACCUAAAUCGACAGACGCGCUCAACGAAGGAGUUGCCGCUGCCCUGGCUAAGCUGAGAAAGGAGUGA